AUGGAGUCUGGUAACUCCCUCCUAUUUGAUUCAGUGUUGUAAAAUUUCAUUUUACACCGGGAGGCUUCAACCACAGCCGCAGUUGCGUUUGGCAAUUUACCCCUAAUGCAGGAGAGGUUCCGAAGACAAUUUUGUCAAGAUACAUUACUUUUCGAUAACUUAGUAUAGGGAUGAUCAUGAUCUGCAAGGUGCACGGCAUUGCCAUGUAUGUAAUUAUCAGAUCUCAGAAUUGCUUGGGUUGUUUCAUUAGUUACAGGCACGUAAUAUUCCUUGUAUCGGUUUCUGAUUAUUCAAUUUGAAUUUCCCAUAUUAUUGAUAACUGACGAAUUGGAUAUCACUUUGAUGUAUUCGAUUUCAUCACAAAUCUCCAUGUUUACUGACACGUGAAUUGGAUGUGCGGCAUUAAUUUACUUUUAAUCGAUCAUUAAAAUGGGUAGAAAUAUCAAAUUGUUUGAGAAGGUUCCACUUUGCAUGCGGUUGUUGUGAAAGUUGCCUGUGAGAUAUCGGUAUUAAAAAAGAAGAAGUCAUCCCUGAUGAUCAGGUGCCUACAUUCCAAGGUCUCAACUUCGUUUAUUUAUACAAAAUCUAUUGCCAAAAGCAGGGUCAAUAUUUGCCAUCCUUUCUGGUGGGCGCUGCCUCCAAAGGUUGGGAGAUUUUAUGUUGCACUGAAAUUAAUAAUGCAAAAAAAUAACAUAGUUGGAUUGCACUGAAACGGUACAAAUUGAACUAGCUCGAUCUGACAAUGUUCCAAUUUUUGCAAUUUCAUGCGCGUUAAUUUGAAAAUACUAUAUUCUGAAUGAUGAUCAUUAGCUGCCAAUGGACGAUUCUAUAGCUUGAAAACUUUUUCCAGAUCAUACGAAUUGGUCUGGGUCAGUUUGAGUCGGCAAACAGUUUUAUGAAUAGACAAGAUCUUGCUGUCUUUGGGGGGUAAUGACAUCUUGGUAAAUGUAAAAAAUAGUCAUUAUCAACAACUAUCUUGUUACACAUCCGUAAAAAACCAUGGUUCUGUUCGCCUUUAUACUGAGUUUUACUUGAUAUGGCAUCACAUAUAACAGCUGGCUAGUAAGUUUGUGGAAAGUUGAAAAGUUUCCGGGUGUGAGUGACAUCCUUGUUUUUUUUUUUUCCUUUAUAAAUAGUUCAGGAUAGCAUAACUGGUCAAGUUAGCCAAAGAAUGAGGAAAUUCAGUGCAAAUGGGAAAGAAGGGAAAGAUAUGUGACUAGAUGGUUUUAUUUAAUCUGA